UAUUUCAUUCCAGGACUCUACAUUUACGAUUCAGUUUUGAAUUUGAAUUUGUUUUACACCGAUUGACAUCGAGCUGAAGCUACGAAAAAAAAACAUAAAACACACAUUUGAUAUGAAUAAGUCUCAGAAGCCAACAAAGGUGAAGCGCGGCAAGCGCCACUCCCGUUCCAGGACUCAGCCGCAGGACUUGGUGGAGUCGGAGGUGGAGAAUGCCCGCAAGGCGGUGGAGCGCAAGCUGAUUUACCUGUCCGAGUCAAAUCGAGGGAAUGCUCCUUCUUGUCCGGGAAAGCAAAUCAGAGGCGGGAAAAAAGUAAGUGGUGAAACAGUAAAUGGUUCAUCAGAAGGCAAUGCAGAGGGAGGCAAAAAAGCAGGCAGCGGUGGAGCAGGCAGCGGUGGAGCAGGCGGUGGUGGAGCUGGAAAGGCUGAUGCAUCAGACGGUGGCACAGCUGGUCAUGGAGGACACCGUCGCAAGCACACUAAAAAGCAACCGGCUCUGGCACCAGUUAAAGAAAUGGUUUUCGACGAGGAGGAAACACUGCAGGAAAAGGUCUACAAGUUUGAAAAUCGUAUGCGUGGGGGAUACAAUAUAUACCUGGAGUCCCCUCGUCGCAAUGGUCUAACUCCGAGAGACUACGAGGCCGAGGCGGCGGAAAUAGCUGCUCUUACGGCCGCCCAGAGAACUCCUAGCGGAACGAUGAAGAAAGGUUUCCUUACGAUGGAUGGCAAAGAGAUUGUGGAGGAAGACUUCGGGCGACUGCAGCUAAAGCCAUUGAGCAGCUAUGCCCAGAAUCAUCAUCACAUGCCCAGCUAUUCGUGCGGCAUCUGUGGGGCCAAAUUCCACAUUCGAUCACUGUUGGGUGCCCAUCGUCGCACCCACGACGAUGACUUCAAGGUGCGCUUCCGGGGACGAAGGACAAAAAGGGAGAGUAGCACCACCCUGACUGCUGCCAAUUUGUGCAAGUUCUGUGAUCGCAAAUUUGAUCUCGAACGCACUCUCCAUAUCCAUCUGUUGUCCUACUGCAAGAAGAUUCCGCCUCAACAGCGCCGGAAGCUGGCCUACACGGAGCUGGCCCACGAGAAGAAGGCACCGCUGCCUAGCUUCCAGCGUGCCCAGAAUUCUCAUCGCAAUCAGGGAACCAUUUCCACGAAGAAUACAUUGACGCAACAGCAGCAACUCCACAAGACCAUCAUACAGGCAUCGGCGUCGCAAGAGAGAUGGCGCUAAUCCUGAACAGAUGACUCUGCCGUACAGAACCAACGCAUGCUUCCAAGGAUCAGUAUAGUUUAGAUAUGCAAUUAAGCUACAGAUUAGAAGAUUUAUUUAUUUUUGAAGACCCAAGCACACUGGCGUUGAAUAGUCUUACUCAAUUUAUUUCGGCUAAUCUUGAACUAAAUUAAGAGUCCCCAAGACAUGGAUGUAGUCUAGAAUGGCUGCUGCUAGAACGUAUUAUAUUUUGAUUAAAUGUAAACCAAGCGCGGAAAUUAAAUGUAUAUCUAGUCAGUAAUGAAUGUAGUAAAUAUAGUUUUGCCAUGA